ACCUUUCCUGAAUUACUAAAAACGGACCCAAGUACUUUGAUACGGCUCUUUUAUAGAUUGUCAUUAGAAUCCUAUCCCACGCCUGGUGGAUAUACCCAUUCAUUGACCAUUAAACAGGCUGGGUAGAAACCAUUAAUCUAGUGCGCAGAAUUUACGCCUUAAUAUUUGACCGAUAUUUGGAAGUCUAAAAUCAGUUCAGGAGCCUAAAAUCACAGGGCGUUUUUCCGAGCUCUGCCGAAAAAGCCCGAGAAGGUGCGACUGAUAUCACUCGGAACCUAUUCGGAGAAGAACCACUAGAUAUGCCUAGAGGGCCGUAUCUGGAACCCUAAUACGUGCCAUUGUCAUUGUGACGUCAACAGUACUGUGGAAGAGCCAGAUUCGAUUCAGCCUUGGAAACGAAUUAGUAGAUAUUUUCCCGUCUGUGUUCUAAUCAGAUUGGAUAUAUGCAGAUGAUGGAAUCAUCUCCAGGAGUAACCUCUAUUCUGGACAGGAUAGCAAUCUUUUACACAGUUUCAGGCGCUGGUUCAAUCAAUGGUUCAAUGGAGGGUUGGAUGUACAAAUAUUUGAUUAUCGGAGUUAAUCGUCGAUUAAUAUCGUUCCCUCAGUCCCUGGUCAGCCUUCAGGUAGACAGUGUGUCGCACGGAACAAUACACCUGGCGAGAGGAUAAGAGCGCGGCCACUUCAUUCAGCCUGUUAGGGGAAUUAUCAUUAAAACACAUGCUGGUGUAUUUUGUUUACUUGAAAAACAAAAUAACUCGAACAUUAUAUUAACAUGUGUAAAGGAUAUCACCGAUGUACUACCGAUAGCUCUUAACUCUUAGAUGGUGAUUUAUUGCUGAUAAUUUUCUUUGAUUUUUUGGAAUGGAAACGUUGCAAACAUUUACGCUGUACAAGUGUCUGUUUACUCUGGAGAUUGUGAAUUUGUGUUUAUGUGAUGGACUCAGCAUCGUCGAAAGAUAACUGACCAGCGAUGAUGCUACAGUAGAUUUUACUCUGCAUAUAUUUAACGCUUGUUAACCCAGCAGCGUACGCCUCUUUGCCUCUAUAAGUAGUCUUUUUGCAGUGAAAUAUCGAUACAGCGGCGCGCAGUGAAUAUCAUCGAGUAUCUUACAUGGCUUUCUCAGUCUUUGACGGGUAAGCAAAGCAUGGAGUCCCUGCAAAACAUAAGCGACAACGCGACGGGAGACGUUAUGUCCCAGUUUUCUUUUGGAUACCUAUCCGAGGAUGCCAACUUCACCGGGGCUGACACUUUCAACUACUAUGAUUUCGACUUGGAGAAAUUUGCGGAAACUAUGCGAGAAGAGCUCAAAGGAUACAAGGAGCCGCGAACCAUCGCUCUGAUGUUUCUCUACUCCAUCGUUUUCAUCGUCGGACUUUUCGGAAACAUAUUUGUCAUCGUCACAGUUUUUCAUUACAAACACAUGCGAACUUUGACCAAUGUGUUUUUAGUAAAUCUGGCCAUCAGUGACCUGUUGGUCGUGCUUUUCUGCAUUCCAAUCACGCUGGGAACGUACGUUUACAAGGAUUACGUCUACGGCAUCGGGAUGUGUAAACUGACGUCGUUUCUCCAAGGAAGCGCGAUUUCUGUGAGUUCUCUCAGCCUUCUCACGAUCAGCAUCAACCGGUUCAUUGCCAUACACAGACCUUUACGCGCAAAAAUCAUAUUCUCAAAACGGCGCGUUUACUUUGUAAUUGUGGCCAUUUGGUGCAUAUCUUUCGCCGUCUUUGUGCCUUUAUUGGUUGUGAACAAUAUUAAAAACAUCGGAAUUCCGCCAUUCUUCAGCAAGCGGAUUUGUAACGAGCAUUGGGACAUACCGAACGGGAAAGAGUUGUACAACAUCCUGGUAUUUAUCUCAAUUUUCUUGAUACCACUGAUCGCUAUGGUGUUUGCGUACACUAAGAUAAGUUUGGUACUGUGGAGGAACAACGACAAACCCAUCACCCAGACUCGGAGGGUGAUUCUACAGAGGCGGCGGACGGUCAAACUGUUGAUCUGUGUUGUCGUCAUAUUCAGCGUUUGCUGGCUACCCUACAACUUCACCAACAUUUGGUUAGAAUUUAACAUUACCACCGCCAGCGUUGUCGUUUCCGAACAGAUAUACCCUCUGUUUCAAUUGCUUGGAAUUUCUAACUCCGCGAUAAACCCGAUCUGCUAUUGCAUGAUGAGUAGUGGGUUUCAGAAAGCGUUCAUAAGGUUAUGUUGUAGACGGAGAUUGAACACGAAGCCCGAUGUUAUUCUGAUGGUGAAAUUCAAGGACGGGAGUUCCGAAAGUCAAGAAAUGACGGAACUGACGACUAGAUUAUCGAGACACACUGCUCACUGAUUAUGACGUCAUAACAGUCUUAUUUAUAGACUUGUGUCAUUACAAUAUUUAUUUGAUUAACACGACAUCAUCCGAUUAUUGCUUAAUAUUUAUUUAACAUUGUGAUAUCUAUAUUUUCUUGUUUUUUUCCUGAAAUGAAUUAUUUUAUUUGUUAUAAAGUUCUCAGCAUAUAAA